CGACGUGGACGGGGACGUGGGUGGGUAUCUCAAACCAAGUCAUCUUCUUUUCCCUCUUCCCUCUUCCCCGUCUCCUCCCUCGCCCGAUUCGCCGGCCUUUGUUCCUCUUCUUCCACCGAAGCCCUAUAAUUCGAACCCUCCCGUCCCCGUCAAUUUGGCUUCGAUCAGGAUCCAGAAAUCCACCGGAGAGAGAGAAAUCGGAAGCGAGGGAUGAAGUUUGGGAAGGAUUUCCGGAACCACCUGGAGGAGACGUUGCCGGAGUGGAGGGACAAGUUCCUCGCCUACAAGGCCCUCAAGAAGCUCAUCAAGCACCUACCCCAACCGCCGCCGCUCGGCGUGGACCUGCCGGACGAGCCGCCUCGGGGCGCCGCUCGGCCGCUGGACGCCGUCCUCGAGGCGUGGUUCGUCGGCAUCCUGAACGAGGAGCUCGAGAAGUUCAACGACUUUUACGUCGACAAGGAGGAGGAUUUCGUGAUCCGGUUGCAGGAACUCAAGGAAAGAAUUGAAAAAAUCAGGGCAAAUAAGAGUGGAGCUUUUACCUCUGAAAGAGAAUUUAGUGAGGAGAUGUUGGAUAUUCGUAAAGCUUUCGUCACUAUCCAUGGAGAGAUGGUGCUUUUGAAGAACUACAGCUCCCUUAACUUUGCAGGACUUGUCAAAAUACUAAAGAAAUAUGACAAGAGAACAGGGGCCUUGUUAAGUCUGCCUUUCACUCAACGUGCUCUUCAUCAGCCAUUCUUCACAACCGAGCCGCUGACCCGGUUGGUCCGCGAAUGCGAAGCAAACCUCGAGAUGCUCUUCCCCUUGGAAGCUGAGGUUAUUGAAUCAGACCAAACGGGAAAAGGAGAGACACAUGAACCCCAUGAUCCUGAGGGUUCAUCUGAUCGAGCAGAUAACAUCGGUGUAUACCGAAGCACGUUGGCCGCAAUGAAAGCAAUACAAGGACUACGGAAGGCCAGCUCUACCUAUAAUCCCUUGUCUCUUGCACAGUUCUUCCAUGGCCAAGAUGAAGACGAUGGAUCUGGAGCUGUUACCACCGAGAACUCAGCUUCUAACUCCUUGACAAACUCACAGAACCAGGAGGCAGAUGAGGAAAGUGUACAUUCCGAUGACUAGGUAGGUAGGUGUCUGAUAAUCUCCUUUGAACUGGUUUCCUGUUUUUAGCCCUCGAUGACAAUUGCAUGACCGCAAUUGUUCAUCUAGCACCCACGAAUAAUAAUUCAAUGCGGACGGUUAAGUGUCGUUAAAAAGGUGUAGAAUUAGUCAUCUUCAUUGCAGUAUACUUUGUAUCAAGAAACUGUUCAGGCCUUUCUCUCCUCGAUAAGUUAUCACUAAUCUUUUGUCAUGUAUGAAUGAAGUUUUCAUAAUCCUUUGCACUGUA